AUGGCCGCAGAGCUGGCGAUGGGCGCCGAGCUGCCCAGUAGCCCGCUGGCCAUCGAGUACGUCAACGACUUCGACCUGAUGAAGUUCGAGGUGAAGAAGGAGCCACCCGAGGCUGAGCGUUUCUGCCACCGCCUGCCGCCAGGCUCGCUGUCCUCGACGCCGCUCAGCACACCCUGCUCCUCCGUGCCCUCCUCGCCCAGCUUCUGCGCACCCAGCCCGGGCACCGGCGGCGGCGGCGGCUCAGGGGGCGGCGGCAGCGCGCCGCAGGCCGGGGGCGCCCCGGGGCCGGCCAGCGGGGGCCCCGGCGCCGUCGGAGGCGCCUCGGGGAAACCGGCGCUGGAGGAUCUGUACUGGAUGAGCGGCUACCAGCACCACCUGAACCCCGAGGCGCUCAACCUGACGCCCGAGGACGCAGUGGAGGCUCUCAUCGGCAGCGGCCACCACGCCGGGCACCACAGUGCACACCACCCGGCGGCCGCCGCGGCCUACGAGGCCUUCCGGGGCCAGGGCUUCGCAGGCGGCGGCGGCGGCGCGGACGACGUGGGCGCUGGCCACCACCACGGCGCACACCACGCCACCCACCACCACCACGCUGCCCACCACCAUCACCACCACCACCAUCACGGCGGCGCGGGCCACGUUGGCGGCGGCGGUGCGGGCCACCACGUGCGCCUGGAGGAGCGCUUCUCCGACGACCAGCUGGUGUCCAUGUCGGUGCGCGAGCUGAACCGGCAGCUCCGCGGCUUCAGCAAGGAGGAGGUCAUCCGGCUGAAACAGAAGCGACGUACGCUCAAGAACCGCGGCUACGCGCAGUCGUGCCGCUUCAAGCGAGUGCAGCAGCGGCACAUUCUGGAGAGCGAGAAGUGCCAGCUCCAGAGCCAGGUGGAGCAGCUGAAGCUGGAGGUGGGGCGCCUGGCCAAGGAGCGGGACCUGUACAAGGAGAAAUACGAGAAGCUGGCGGGCCGCGGUGGCUCCGGGGGCGCGGGCGGGCCCGGCUUCCCGCGGGAGUCCUCGCCGCCGCAGGCCGGCCCCGGCGCAGCCAAGGGCGCGCCCGACUUCUUCCUGUGA